AUGGAACACACACGGCUCCUGCUCUCAUUACUCGUCGUGCUCGUGGCAGUUCUCACGAGCACCGAUUCGGCGCCUGCCUUCUGCCGAGCAUGCAAUCGCAACUGCUUCAUGCCAGCCAACGGAACAGAAGAAACCAACAGGUGAGCUCCUGCUUCUCCCUUGAAUUGCUCCCUGUACUGAGAGUCGCCGCUCCAUUCUAGUCUCCCGAUCUUUCGACUUAUUAUCGAACGUUCUCUGUUCCCCCGCGCACUGAUUCGUUCGUCGCCACGCAACGGCCGAUGCGUCCGCCGGAAACCGCCGGCCGGUCCCGCGGGGCAAACCGUUUGAUAAAGCGGUUUUGCAGAAAAGUGACCUUUACCGAAACAGGCUUCGCAUCCGGUUUCUCGAGAUUAUACAUGUAAACUAGAGAGUUCUGCGUGUCGCGCAGCAGAUAAUCACUCUUUUUUGCGUUUGGGAUUAUAUUGCGCCGCGUUUUUCGUUGUCUUCCUUCAUUCACGAUCGCAGGAAAUGAUGCGGCUUGAUAAAGACGGACGGAUGGUUCAAGGACUGGAAGUAGGUUGAUGAGAGGGUGAAUGGACACGUGGCAGCUGGAAACUGACGUAUGCGGAAAACGGUGUACCUGAUCUGUUUGUUGAAGAGACAGAAGAUGUCAACAACAGAGCCAUCAACUCCUUCUCCCUCUCCGUUCUUUCUUCUUCGUUCUCUGAAUUCACGUGACUCUCGGCUGCAAGCAUUCUGUCACGUUUUCCUAUGCGUUUGACCGAGACGUGAAAAAAGAAACGAAACGUUUUGAUGACAGGACGCUGAUUUACGAGCGAAGCGCCCGGACGAGAAACCGUGAGAAGAGAGAGACCGUUCUUUCGCUUAUCAAAACUUUUGAAAACGAUAUCUUCCCUGGCUGGCUUUUGGCCGAUUUUGAAUGAUUGAAAUGAUUGACACAAGUGAUGUAUAUAUCGUUUUUGUUUUCCAGCACAACAAUUGACGUGGACCUCGUUCGCGAAUUGGAGGAAAACGGUCUUGAAACGUCUUCGGAAGGCGAGACGAGGAGGACGAAGAGAGAUGUGGAGUUCAGGGCGUGCUCCCGAUUCCAGAUCGAAAUGCUGCUCAUUCCACUCGCGAUAGCCAUGAUCCACUGGUUCUCUGUGCCCUCUUCUUGUGCACUUGCUGCUGCGGACCGAAGGAAUCCCGGGGCAAACUGCCGGCAGAGUUCCUCGCCGCACUGCCAAUGUCCAAGAAACGGAUGCCGUCGGAAGAAAUCGAGCUGGAAUGGGGAGAUGGAUACGUGGCACGGAAAGACUCGAGCAGGACGAAGUUCUCGACGACAGUCUCUUAUAUCGAGGCCAGAAGGGAGAGUAUCUGGUCGCAUACGAGUGUGGCGAGUGAUACGGUAAGAGAGUAAACAAUUGAGACACGCUGAUAAACGUAUUCGUUGCAGGCAGCAGAAACAGUGAAACAAGAAGCGGCAAAGUCAGAAGCCAAGCUAGCGGCUUCUGUGCCCAAACUGACAAAAGCCAAGUCUUGCGAUUCCAUCAAGAAGACGCGCUUUUCCGACACAGUGUCCGUGAUUUCUCUGGACUCGAGUAGUCGUCGAUGA